CUUCCUGUACAGACUUUUUUUUUUUUUUUUUAGCGUGUAGCUAAAGAGCUGAAAACUCUGGCAAACCCCCCCUGAAAAUCUGCAAUUACUGUAGAUAUGAAUUUCAAAAUACGGUGUGCUGCGAAAGAAGACUGCAAAGACAUAUCGAGGAUGAUAAUGGAUUUGGCGAUUUAUGAAAAGAUGCCUGACCAAGUGAAGAUUUCGCAUGAAGAGCUAGAGCGCGAUGGUUUCUGCCAGAACCCCUUCUUUGAAUGCCUCGUUGCAGAAGUACCGGAAGAGCAUAAGUCUAAUGAGGGAUUCACAGUCAUCGGGUACGCCCUUUACUUUUACACUUACAGUACAUGGAAGGGGCGAGCAGUAUAUUUGGAGGACCUGUAUGUGAUGUCAGAAUUCAGAGGAAAUGGCAUUGGUACAGCUUUAUUGAGCAAAGUUGCAGAGAUUGGGAAAAAGAAGCAGUGUGUGCGGCUGCAGUUGUCCGUGUUAAACUGGAACACUCCCUCUCGAGACUUUUAUGCUGCUAAAGGAGCUCAGGACCUCACUGUCACUGAAGGCUGGCAUGCUAUCCGCUUUGAUGGACAGAACCUGGACAAUUUAGCAAAUGAAGCGCCUAAAGAUUGACAAGAAAACUAUGCUCUUUACUUUUCUGUGCAAAAUGGUGCUUGUUUUAAAACAUUGUUGUUGUUUUUCUCCAUAAAACAGCCUUAAUUAUAUCUUGUGUGUGUCCUUGAUGUAACAAAUUAAUUUACAGGGGGCAAAGGAUGUGAAAUACACGUGAAUUUAGUAUUUUUGAAGUGAUACGGCCAUCCCUUUUGAUUUCUUCUUCUAUAGACUUGAUAUAGUAUCCCUCAAAGUCCCAUAAAAACACACCCCUGCUAAAGAAAACACUUUGGCCUGAGUAGCAUAAAUCAAUGUUUCAGUACAUUUUUAUGUUUUCAUGUACAUUUCUGAGGAACUGAAAACCCAGUGGAUUACUUUCACUCUUACAGUGAUGCAGCUACUGUGACCAAUUAAGUAAUGAAAAGGAAGAGAUAUUGAAACAACCUGUUAAGAAUGAGCCUCAAAACCAAAACUCUGUCAACAGGAAUUUCCAAAGUGCUCUAUAUGACUUUAUGCUAUAAAUGUUAUAUUUUAAACUCUUCCUUACAUUUAAAUUAUUUAUCACCAAUCAGCAAACUGUUACUUGACUCUCAUUGGGUAAACCAAAUCCCAGAUGUGACAUCACAGCUUUCCAGCAGGUUGCAACUGUGAGAUACUCCAAAGGUGACUUUUUGUUCCUGGAAAAUGGCAUUUUUAAAGUGUUGAAUCUAUAUUAUGUGAGAAUGUAAAACACAAUGUGUCGCCAAACUAAAAUGGGCAUUAAAGAAUAAAGUGGGCCCUGAGAAAGUACUGUUAUUAAGUGGGUUAUAUGACAAGAUUUGAGCUCUGAGCUUUUUCUUUGUUGAGUUAAACAUUCAAAUGAAAAGCUGCUGUGCAAGCAAGUUCUGUGAAUGUCCCUUUAUUUGACUGUGCAAAGUAGUUAAUAAUGACAACAACGUCACCAGUGCUAAACACCACUGAGCAUCACUAGCAGAAAUCAUAAACUUAUUAACAUUCUCAUAAUUUAGGGCAUUCGAUUACUGUGAACUGGUAAAUAUCUGUGUAAAAAAACAUGCAAAAAUCUUGAGAAAUGUGUAAAAUCAAAAUAAAAUCAACAAAGUGACGUGAAAAUAUA